AUGGUUCGGAAGCUGGUGGUCUGAACACCAAAAAUGUCAAACAGAUGUUACUGGACUGGUGCCGGGCCAAGACUGAACCAUAUGAGCUGGGCAAACGGUCUGGCGUUCUGUGCCCUGGUACACAGGUUCUUCCCCGAGGGCUUUGAAUACAGCACCCUCGACCCUAAUAAUCGCAGAGCUAACUUUGAGAAGGCAUUCAAGGCUGCAGAGAGACUAGCUGACUGCCCUCCACUGCUGGAUAUUGAUGACUUAAUGCGAAUGCGAGAGCCCGAUUGGAAGUGUGUGUACACGUACAUCCAGGAGUUCUACCGUUGUCUUGUAGAAAAAGGUCUUGUUAAGACUAAAACAAAGAUGCCGUGAGAAUGUACAUCUGUGCAUAUUUUCACUGACCAAAGAACUAUGGUACGUACCAUAGCACAAAUGUUAUCUGACUAACAUGACCACAUGGGAAACUACCAUGUUAUUUUUGUAUUUUUUUCCAUCUAAAUUCGAACCCAAUGUGUUGAAUUCCCAACAAGAAUUCCAUACAGCGAAUGUUUAUGCCCUGAAAAUCACCCACACUGUGCCUUUUAUGUCACAUCCCUUUGAUCUCCGGCUAGCAAGAAAAUUUUAAGUGAUAGAACUCGGAAAACACACACCGAUUUUAGCAGACAAAAAUUUUAUCUCCUGCUGACGAUUUUCUUGUGAAAUCAGUCUGCCUCAACCUGAAACCAAUUUGACCUAAGAUCAGAUAAGACAAAAGUAUUAGCCCCCUAUGAAUUAUUUAGUUAUUUUUCAAAUAAUUCCCAAGUGCUGUUUAAUGGAGCAAAGAUUUUUUUCUUAGAGUGUUUAUAAUACAAAUAGAAACAAAAUUAUAACCAAGAAUGAAAAAAUCUACAGGUCAAAAUUAUUAGCCCUCUGAUGUUAACAGUCAAUAUUGUAUCCCUUUUGCUUGAUAACAGCCUUUAGUCGUUUGUUGAAGUUCUCAACAAGUUUUAGGCAUUUCUCCUGAGAAGUCGCAGCCCAUUCCUCCGUAGCAAAUCUCUCAAGCUCCUCCAGAUUUGUUUGUCUCCUGGCAUGGACUCUAGUCUUCAGUGUGGCCCACAGAUAAUCUAGUCAAGGAUGUUCACUUUGCUCGUUUGGAGGUAGUUCUGCACCAGAAGUGAGUUACGCUUUGGGUCGUUAUCAUGCUGGAAGAAGAAAUGUCGACCCAAACAAAGUUAUGUUGCAGAUUGCCUGAGGUUGUCUUUCAAAAUCUUCUCGUAGUCUUCCUUUUUCAUGAUUCCUUCAACCCAGAUGAGAUUCCCAGUUCCAGAUGCUCUGAAACAUCCCCACAUUAUUAUACUCCCACCGCCAUGUUUCACUGUGGAAACGGUGAUCUUUGGGUUGAGCGCCUCUCCCUUCUUUCUCCAAACAUAGGCAACUCUAUGGCCAAAGAGCUCUAGUUUUGUCUCAUCUGACCAAAGGACACCUUUCCAGUAUGCAUAAUUUUUCUCUAGAUUGUCCUUGGCAAACUUCAGUCUAGCUUGGAUCUGUCUCUUCUUCAGAAGUGGAGUUUUUCUUGGUCUGCAACCUCGCAGUCCAUUCCUGUGCAGAGCUCUAGUGACUGUCUUCAUUGAGACAUCAAUCCCAGACUUGGCUAAAUCAUUCAAUAGUGUCUUGGCAGUUGUUCUUGGGUCUUUAGAAACCUCUCUCACCAGUUUUCUUACCAAGGUUUUUGAAAUCUUUCGCUUCCUGGCUCUGCCAGUCUUGUUCUCCACUGUGUGGGUCUCUUCAAACUUCUUGAUAAUAUUCUCACGGCAGUUCUUGACACCUGAAAACGCUUUGAUAAACGUGUAUAUCCUUCUGCUUUUUGAGCAUUAACAAUUAUUUUUCUCAAGUCUAAACAAAUGUAUUUUGUCUUUGCCAUUAUGACAGUUUAUAUUACUUCACUAGUUGUUUUGCAAGAUACUAAUCCUCAGUUUGAAGUGCAACUGAAAGUCUUGGUGGAUUAAUUAGGUUAAUUAGGCAAGUCAUUGGAUAACAGUGGUUGGUUCCGUAGCCAAUCAAACAGAUAGUUUCUUAAGGGGGCUAAUAAUAUUGACCUUAGCAGUUUAAAAAAAUAAAAUAAAUCAAAAUUAUUUUAUUCCAGGCAAAUUGAAAUAAACAAGGCUUUCUCCAGAGGAAAAAUACAAUAAGAAAUCCCCUUGCUCUGUUAAACAUCACUUGGAAAAUAUUUGAAAAAUAAUUGAAAUUUCAUAGGCGGGCUAAUAAUUUUGUCUUUAACUGUAUUUAUUUUAUAUUUUUAACCCCUCUCAUGUUUAAUGUACGUGCAAAUGCAAUGGAUGAGGAUUAUAACCUGUGUUUGGCACUAGGGUAUAUUUGGGGCUCUGAAAUAGUGCAUUCCUCUGAGAUUACACAUGCAUUAAUCUCUCUCUAUGCUCUGAGAUUGUGUGAAAAUAUGUGUGUGUUUAUGUCGAUGUGGCUUUUUAUGGUACUGCUACUCCCUUUUUUGAGCGCACUCCAACACAAAGACAUCAGGCUUAUAAGGGCAUAAAAUCUAAUGUGGAAUUAGGCUUAACCCAGAUUUAUCUCUUGUUUCAAAAAUAUAGACAGGGGCAGUUUAACCAUAAUAUAAAAGAUUUCAGAAAAGAAAGCAAAGUCUUAAAGCCUCUAAAAUGUCUCAUUUGUCCUUAUUGGCGUUGUCACCUAGCGUUCAAGCAUUCAGGUGCACUGAUGAUAUUUGCUGAUGGGUGAAAUAGGACAGCUUAUGGUUUCCUGUUUCCCCUCAUCUUAGCACAAGUCCAUCUUGCUAAGCAUCUGCAAGACUGAAUAAAUAGUAUUUUACCCUAUAAAUGCACUAAGAGAGCUAACGUCCAAUUAAGCUCACUCAGGGAUAGACGGGUUCACGAAGCCUGUAUGAAGCCUGUAAGUCUUGUUUCAAAUGGCCAUUGCUGAUUUUCAAAGCUUUUAAAAUGUCUUUGACCUGCUGCAUGGCUAACUAGUUAAGUGCACUCUAGAUAUGUAUUUCGAAUACAGAUAUUGAUACUCCCAUUCAAGCUAAUAAAAUGGCUGCAUUAAAUAUACAGUAUUAUUGUCUGAACUGCUUUGUAAAGAUAUUAAAUCACAGUUGCUGUCAAUUUUUAUCACUGUUUUGGUUCAAAUAAAUGAUUUUC